GAUUAUGUACAAGCUCGGUAAAGUAUCAGGUAUAAAAAGAGCCAAUUCAAAACCAGCCCGAGCACCCAUAAGUAUUCUUCUCUACUCUCGCUACCUUCACUCCUUCCUCACUUGCCAUACUUGCCAUACUUGCCAUAUGUGAAAAGCAAAACAACAUUGAACGUAUAAUACUCAAUUCCAAGGGAACAAGAGCCGAUGAUCCAAAUAUAUUACGAUGUGAUGGCGCAAAUGGGGCAAACGACAGCGCUUAGUAUCAUAAUGACGGACGCGGGGUGGCCCCCUAUUUUUGCUUGAGGCGUUACGGAACCUCGUUUUUAGCAUUUAUAAUAGCUCCAAGGAACACCUUGAGCACAUUCAGGUGUCUUGUCUUUUAACCACAGACCACAGCCCACAGCCCAAAGAUUUGGUAGUUUGUUCGCUUUGAAGACCUGAAAUCAAUCAAUUUGAGCCAUAUACUAUCGGGUCAAAAGUGCAAUUUUGAUAAUUGAUUUUUUUACAUUAGAUUUCUAUGGAGAAUGAUGAAUAGAAUCUAAUGAUGCUAUUGAUGGAUUUUUUGAAGGUGGAUUGAGCUUUUGGUGUUGAUUGGAGUUUCGAGGUUCGAUUUUUGAUGAAGAGGGAAGGUACGAGUACUAAGGGGGGAAACCUCGGGUACUUGCUAGAUGUUCGCUAAUAAGGGGGAGUAUUAUUCUAGAAGAUUGAUGAAUGAAGAAGGUAUCAAAUUCGAUAGUGAAGUGAAAGGUAGCAUGGAAAUCUUAUACUUUUAGUUCGCCCUAGAGAAUGAGUGAUAGAUGUGCCAAAUAGAUAUACUUCAUUUCAACCCGAGUCCCAAGUCUUCUCUUUCCUCUCACACAUGUAAAUCUUUCAAAAUCAUUUACUUCACCACCGAUAUAUUUCACACCUUUCGCCCUUCCAUACCAAUGUUGGUACUAAUUCAAUUUCAUGUCAUCAAAUUCUACGAGAUGCUCCCCCCGAGCUAUAUUUAGAUUGAUACAUAUUAUCAACGGAGGCUGACCUAUGGAUGAAAACAACAGGAUACCUGGAUAUCCGGAUAUAUUUGAUUAUAUUUGGCAUAAUCAAUAAACGAUGAAGAAAGAGCUUGGUUGGACAGCAUCGGGGUAUUUCGAUAUUCCUCCGAUCAAAGUCAAUACCAAGGGACGGGAUUCGGGUGUGACAAAUGGCCUUCAACAAUUCUACUACAUGUACGACAAAAUCAAUAGUAAGAUUACCAUCGAUCAACAUCUAGAAAGAGAAAUCACUCAUGUUUUCAUGACACAUAUUCAGAAUAUUCUGUAUACUCAUGCCAGUCAUCUCAUGUUCUACGUUACAUCAUAACGGUAUCGCGCAACAGGCCAGGGUAGUAUUGCAUGAAAAAGGGUCAUCUGGGGAAGAGGAGAAGUCGUAUUUCAAUCUUACGAAAGAUUCUAGGAUUAUUAUUGAAUACUGUUGGUAUCACUUUGGUGAUACGAUUGCAAUGCAAUGUAUUAUCUUCUUGUAUUUGUUCAUGGAUGAUUAUUAUCUAUCUAGAGGAAAGAGAUCUAUUUAUACUGAAAGUACGGCUCCCUUUCGAGGUUGAUCACAUGAUGUACCGACAAAUACCUACCCUGAUGCCAAGACUUCUCGGCUU